UAUUAGCAAGGCAAUCUGCUAGUGUAGCCAACAUGCAGUCAGCUGCCAUUAUAGUUUUUAAACAGUGCCACCCUGUGAUGGAUGACACUUCUUUAAUUUGUACAACAUCAUUAGCCUUUUUUUUCAUGACUGCAAUUUUUUUCAGGACAGCCAAAUUUCACAUUGUUUUUUCUUGAACAGGUUUUUAUGUAAUGUCUGCCAACAGUAACACAUUUGACAGUGUUAAAGCUGCUAUCUUGUCAGCUCAUAAAAGCACCACAUCAGAAGAGAAGGUCAGCUUCUACAACCGCUGGGCAGAGACCUAUGAUCGGGAUGUGGCUGUCUUGGACUACUGUGCACCAAGUCUCGCAGCAAACAGCAUCUCAUCCCAUUUUAACGCUGUGCGAGAAGCAGCCGUUGUGCUGGAUGUGGCGUGUGGUACAGGACUGGUGGCCAAACAGAUGAAAAAGCUCAGAUUUGGACAUUUUGUGGGUGUUGAUGGAAGCGAGGCCAUGCUGGACAAGGCGAGAGAGACUGGGUUGUACCAGGACUUGAAACAGUCCCUGCUGGGAGAGGAGCCUCUGCCUGUACAGUGGGCUGAUACAUUUGAUGUGGUUGUGAUUGUUGGAGCAUUAAGUGUUGGUCAGGUCUCUUUUAGUGUCAUCAGAGACCUGUACAAUGUCACCAAACCAGGUGGCUACAUUUGCAUGACAACCAGAAGUAACUAUGAUAACUUGGAAUACAAAGCUGCCCUUGAAAGCGAGCUGAGGCAGAUAGAGGAAGAGGAGCUCUGGACUUGUUUAGAGGUCACAGAGGUGGAAGACUGGGAGAGGGCAGUAUCAGAGGAGGAGGACGGCUACAUAUCUGGAGCUGUGUACGUCUAUAAGAAGCACUAAAUACAAUGGUGGACAAUAAUAUCAUGUGAAAUUGUGAAAAUGUAAAAUCAGUUGUCCAAGUAUAAUCAUUUUAUAAAAUUAAUUCACCACACCUGUCAAAAGCAGGUGAAAAAUAGCUGCAUCCAAACCUUUGUCUUUGCAGUGUUCUGCAUGGUUUUUAAGAUGUUCAGUUCUGGUCUUACAAAACAGGUUUCUCCCACCAUUCACCAUUGUAGGGCUACCAUUUAUAAAACGUGCGCAAUGACCACAAAUGCCAACAGAAAAGUCUGAUUAUUCAUUAUGUUUUUGUCGGAAGUACAACCCCAAUUCCAUUUAAGUUGGGAUGUUGUGUAAAAUUUAAAAGAAAAACUGAAUACAAUGAUUUGCAAAUCCUCUUCAACAUGCAAUUGAAUACACUAUAAAGAAAAGACAUUUAAUGUUUAACCUGAUAAACAUUUCCUUUUUCCGCAAAUAUUCACUUUUGAAUUUAAUGCUUGAAACACGUUUCCAAAAACGCUGGGACAGGGGCAUGUUUUCCAUUGUGUUACAUCACCUUUCCCUUUAACAACACUCAAUAGGCAUUUAGGAACUGAUGCACUAAUUGUUGAAGCUUCGUAGGUAGAUAUCUUUCCCAUUCUUGCUUGAUGUCCAACCUUGGUUGUACAUCAUCCCGGGCCUUUGUUGUCGUCUUUUGCGCUUCAUAAUGCACCACACAUUUUCAAUGGGAGACAGAUCUAAACUGCAGGCAGGCCAGUAUAGUACCACCACUCUGUUACUAUGAAGCCACGCUGUUGUAACACAUGCAGAAUCUGGCUUUUCAUUGUCUUGUUGAAAAAAGUAGGACGUCCCUUGGAUGGCAGCAAAUGUUGCUCCAAAACCCGUAUGUACCUUUCAGGACCAAUGAUUCCUUCACAGAUAUGCAAGUUACCCAUGCCAUGGGCACUAACACACCCCCAUACCAUCACAGAUGCUGGCUUUUGAACUCUGUGCUGAUAACAAUCGGGAUAGUCCGUUUUCCUCUUUUGCCCGGAAGACACAGCGUCCAUGAUGUCAUGGACACUGUGUCAAACAAUUUAAAAUGUGAACUAGUCAGGCCACAGUACACUUUUCCACUUUGCGUCAGUAAAUCUCAGAUGAGCUCGGGCCCAGAAAAGCAGGCGGGGUUUCUAGGUGUUGUUGAUAUAUGACGUUCACUCUUGCACUUGUUGAUGUAGCGACAAACUGACCAUGGUUUUCUGAAGUGUUCCUGAGCCCAUGUGGUAAUAUCUGUUACAGAAUGAUAUCGAUUUUAAAUGCAGUGCCUCCUGAGGGGUCAAAGGUCACGUGCGUUGUUGUGUUUCGGCCCUGUCGCUUACGUGCAGAGAUUUCUCCAGAUUCUCUUAAUCCUUUGAUGAUACUAUGGACUGUAGAUAAUAAAAUCCAUAAAAUUCCUUGCAAUUGUACGUUGAGAACGGCUCUUAAACCGUUGGACUAUUUGCUCAAACCUUUCUUAACAAAGUGGUGAACCUCGCUCCAUCCUUGCUUGUGAACGAAUGAGCCUUUCAGGGAUGCUCCCUUUAUACCCAAUCAUGACACUCACCUGUUUCCAAUUAACCUUUUCACCUGUGGAAUGUUCCAAACAGGUGUUUUUUGAGCAUUCCUCAACUUUCCCAGUGUUAAGUUGCACCUGCCCCAGCUUUUUUGAAACAUGUUGUAAAAAUCUAAUUCAAAAUUAGUGAAUAUUUGCAAAAAACUGUAAAGAUUAUCAGUUUGAACAUUAAAUAUCUCAUCAUCGUAGUGUAUAUUUAAUUGCAUAUAAGCUGAACAGGAUUGCAAAUCAUUGUAUUCUGUUUUUAUUUACGUUUUACACAAAGUCCCAACUUCAUUGGAAUUGGGGAUGUACAAUACUUUCCAAGAACUAAUAGCCCCACUUUUUUCCUACUUCUGUGCAGUGAUCAGAUUUCCUAAUUCAGCAUUCAUUCAUUUCAUAAUUGAUCAACUAAAGGAUCAUAUAGGCACAAAAAGCAGCUGUUGUCAGUAUCAUUCUGAAAAGUCUCUGUGACUGCCUGAAAAUUCUUACUGUUUGUUCACAGUAUUUAAUUCAGGAUGCUGGAUUUGCCUGUCGAUGCCACUUGAAGAGUUAAUAUGUCUGCAGAGGAUGCGGGUUUUAAUAUAAAAACAUAAAUGGUGUCCAAUAUAAUAAAUACAAUGUACCUAUAUUUAUAUUUCAA